AUAGAACAUGACUAAUUGCGGAAGUGAAAAGGACAAUGUAAGGUUAUCUCAGUAUCUAUAGCGUAUACGCAUGCGGCAUUUGGUUCCCUCAGCAAGCAUGGCAGAUCUUCAGGACAUCUCCGGUGCUAAAACUGAGCUACAGCCUGAAGCCAUCACUGAUAUCGGUGUGCUGGCAUCCAAAAAAGAACCUCCAGCAGACUACUAUAUCGUUGCACAAACAACAGAUGGCUUCGACGCCAACCUGUGGAAGGACAGCAUAUUCAAAUCCAAGGUCACACGCUAUCUCUGCUUCACCCGAGCUGCCACCUCCAAAAAUAAGCAAUUAUGCAACGUGGUCGUGGACAUGAAGUUGAUUGACUUGAAGGACUGUUUGCCAGAGGGCUUCACUCCGAUCCAAGACACCACGGAUACCCAGGAACAGGCUUUGAGGAAGGAUAGGCUGUGUGUGAAGUUGGUCCCCAGGAACAGCACCGAUACGGCUAUAUGUGAUGUGGUUAUACUGGGGAAAUCAAAGCACAGCCUCACUAAUUAUACAUUUAUAGGAGAGCUGAAUAAUUUGGGGAUUUGGUAUCAGCUGGGAAAAGUCACUAAGUCGCAGGACACAGGGCACAAAAUGUCCUCUUCCUCUACAACUGCUUUUGGUGUUGUCAGACAAAUCCCAGAGUCUCCAGUCUCCAGUCCUACUAAAAAGAACAUCGUCAGGCCAGACUAUGAACACCAAAUCUACAUCUACACCAAAUCAGCUAUGGAUGACAUACCCUUUAUGAUCUCCAAAAAAUCUACCUCCACAACUAGAGAUGAAAUAGAACCAGUCCAUUUCUUGAAUAUUGCCAUCAAAUCACCACAAGAGAUUGAGGAGGAAUACAACUAUUGUUUCAACACUGAACACAGUGCUGUGGCCUUCCCAUGGACCCAGUGACUCUAGAGAGUGAAGAUUCACCAGUAACACUGGAAUAAGAAAACUUCCCUCCAUCACUGUUCCAUAUAAAGACUUUACAUGAUGAACUCUCAAAUGGAUAAAAAUCAAGCCCUCUGCAUUUUUGUUCUUAUUGAUUAUACUGUUUCAAAUGAAAGGGGCUGCAAACACUGUAUCUGUUGAAUUUUUACAUAUUAAUACAUGUUCUCAGGGAGACUUUCAAGAAGCUUCUGCACUGUUUUUAAACAGGUUUUGAUGUUUUAAUAUUGUAAUUUUAUUAUUAUUGUCUGCCUAAAACCUAAUUUAAACCAUUUCAUUAUGAUUUUUUCUUUUUUUAUUUAUAUUUAUUUUGAUUUUAAUUUUUAAAGGACAGUAACUAUUCAAUUUGUACAUGAAUAAUAAUUUCACCAUGGAUGUUGUUUUAUUCAGUUCUUUGAAAACAAAAAAAUAAAUUUUCAUUGAAAACUCA